CAGAUUUGUGGUGUUGGGGGGAGUUUUGGGGUAUUAUGGGGCAGAUCUUUGGUGUCGGGGGCUUUAUGUGAGUUUAGCUCCCCUCUGUUGUCCGUCAGUCUGAAGGUCGUCAAACCCUCUGGUCGGCUGCUGUGAUUGGCUGAGGAGGAUGUGGGCGGAGCCACGGGCUGCAGAAGAAGGUGCAGGUGUUUGUUCUCCACCACAGAAGAAGAGGAGCCGCAGCAGCAGACACCACAGAAGAAGAGCUGAGAGCUCCCACAGCGGAACAUCUCCAAUGUUUGUGGUUCUCACGUCUCCUCACAUUCACUCUGUGGCCUCAGAACUUCCAGAACUUCCAGAACCUCCAGAACCUCAAGAACCUCCAGAACCUCCAGAACCUCCAGAUGUCUUCGUCUCAGAGCAGCUUGGACCUCCAGCCUUCUGGAUUGAAGGGUUUGUGCUGGUGGCUCCAUUGCUGCUUCUCCUCUCCUCCUCCUGCUCCUCCCCUCCCUCCCCCCCUGGGCCUCCCCUGGUCCUCCCCUCCGUCUCGCUGCCGCCCCCUGCUGGUGGUCCUGCUGCUCUGCUUCCUGCUCCUGCUGCUGCUGCUGUGGAACUACAACUGUCUGUUCGUGUCCAAGACCUGCUCCAGGGAGGAUGGGGGGUCGUGACCUCCCACCUGGAGAUCACAUGACCUCCCACCUGGAGAUCACAUGACCUCCCACCUGGAGAUCACAUGACCUCACACCUGGACCUGAACGAUGUGGUUCCUGCAGAAAAGAUCGGACUCAGAAACUGACUGGAGAACAGAAGCUUCACAUCGUUCAGAUGAUCAGUAAUCGAUUAUUAUAAAUUCUGUAAAAUGCUUUCAUGUUUUCAGACCUUCAAAAUAAAAGCCUGUGAAGACA